GUGGAGUUUGUAGAAAAAACGAAUUGACUCAACUUCAUCUUCCUCAUUCUGUGAAGGCUGUGUGUAUGCCCUCGGUGGACCUUGUUGUUUAUGCUUUAGUAUUAUUGUUGCGUGUUUAACAUGUUGCUCCUGGUUAACAUGAAGUUAUCCAGUACCCUCUUCUUCUUGCUGUCGGCCGUCCUAGGAGUCCUGGUUGGAGCCACAACUAAAUAUUUUGAAUUGGGUACAACGCUCACCCUGGAGAAAGACAUUCCCACUGUUCCACAACCAAUCGAACUCAUCAGGUGGAAAAAAGGCUCCAACUUGGUGGUGUCAUGGCCUCCCAACGUCCCAGAAUACUAUGGGUCAUUCAUAGGACGCACAACGUUGGAUACAAAAACCCUGCAGUUGGACAUCAAUAGUUUGACCUUCAAUGAUAGAGGACAGUUCUCCUUGGAGACCAAUCAUGGACCAAGCGGGACUUAUGAUGUUGAAGUCAUCAAGCCCCCUCCGACGCCCAGUAUAAAGACCCAGCCGCUGGUGUGUGACGUCAUUUGUGCUCUGAAGUGUACCGCAGACACCACAGAUCUGGGACCGGUCUCCUACGAAUGGAAGAAAGACGAAGGAGAGUGGACCGAGGGUGACGAGCUGAAGGUUAUGGAGAUUUCCAAACCCCCUGAGAAGUUCUCCUGCAGGCUGAAGACCCCUGUGAGGACCAGUAAUGCCAGCAUCGCCAAGGACAAUCCACUCUAUAAACCAGUACCAGAUGGUUUAACUUUAGGGGACAUUUUCGGAACACGUAUUGGCAUAUUAUGCAUUGUUGCUGUAAUUGCAGUUACACAUUUCAUUUCUCUGGUGAAGAGCCGCCCUGGGGAUGGGGAGUUGGGGAAAAAAAAAGUGAUUACUGCUGUCUAUUAGGCCGCCGUCGCUGCACUCACAGAAUCAUCUGUCAAUUACCCACCAAAGAUUAGGCACAUGGAUGUCUGCUAUGACACACGCUUGGUCGUAGCUGAAAGUGGACACUGAUUUCCUGCUUUCCUGAGUCAAUUGGCCUUUGUUACAAAGUAUUUGCGAUGCUUCAGAUUUUUUUAUGCAUUCAUACAGCUUGCUGUUUUUAGAUAAUUAUUAUUUUUAUAUUAUUUUGUCGUCCAGUUCAAAAGUUGAGCUAAUGCUACUGUUACAGCCUGUAUAGCCUUUGCUCUUCACCAGUUUGUGUCAACAAUCUGUGAAAAGUGCCCCUCUGCUUGCUCUGUGAAGCUUAGUGUUAAUUGAAUAACCACACAGUUCAGUUGUGAAGGGCAGUUGGGACACAAUGAAGCAGCCUUUAAGCCAAACGCGGCCGAUUUGCGGUGACUCACUGCAAUUCUUUUUAGAAAGUAGUAAAAGUUUUUUUUAAGUAGUCUCCCAAAGUGAUUGUAGCUGUCUACUAGGCCGCCUCUGAAUGUCAAAGACCUGGAACACGUUGAUGGGACUUUAAGCCAAACGGCAGCUUAAAUGAUUGUGACUCACUGCUGAAACAAUGUAUAGAGAGACAUCGCAUCCGAAUGUUAAACAAGAUGUUUGUGAUUAACUUAAGUCAUUCUGUAUUUGGUUUCAAGUCAGUAAAGCCGCAAACCAGAUAUUUCAAGGCUAUAGUUGCAAAUUGUUUGAGCAUUUUUCUUAAUCGAUUACACGGAUGAAUCAGAAAUAUCAAAUUCCUGGUUCAUUUUUCAUUUUAAUCACAGAUUCAGCGAAUAUUUGGUUGUGUGUGAGUGAGGGAGAUGCUCCAUGUCCUCCCUUCUCCAUACCAUACCUUCCUGUUUUACUCACUCUACAAUGUAAAGGAUAAAACCUUAAGAAAAUAAAACUGAAAAAGGUUUGUAAACAAUGAAUUCUGUGAUUGGUAAGGUGGACCAUGCCAUACUGCAAAAAAAAUCUGAAUGAAAUGUAAACCAAAAGUUGUACAAAAUGUGAUAGUACAGAUUGCUUCUAUAAUCUGAACAUUCUACAAGUGUAUAUAUUGGGGAGCAUGACUCUCAAACCAAUAACUUAAGACUAUAAAUCACGUCCCUCACAGACGUAAACGUGAGGGACAGAAGGAGCUGAACAUUUUGAUGUCAACUCUAUUGUAUAAAGACUAGGAGAAGCAGCAGUUUACAAACAUGUGGGUGGCCUCUGCUCACUGUUUGUCCUCUAUGUAUGCAUUUGUCCUCUUACACUUACACACAAACUAAGCAGUAACGUUUCUUGGUGUAUAGGAAAUACGACGAUUAGACUGAUGCUAGGAAAGUUAAUACUAUCUUUAAUGUGUCGGUUCAACAUGCACUUUCAACUGAUAUCCUCUUGAACUGCUCGCUAGAUGGGCAUUCUCGCUAAGGACCAAUAGCGCCCUCUAGUGGUUGAUAAGUAUAGCCGAGUUAUAUUAUAGACUUAUGGCACGUUCACAUCGUUGGGAAAUAUGGGGAAAACAUUUUCGCGAUGUCGGAGAGUUCUCGUGAACGACACCUCAUGACGCUCUUAUGAUUCUACUUCUGAUCGGUAACUGGGGCCAGAUUUUGAUAACAGAGUUGCCCAGUUGGUGACUCAUGGUUUACUAGUGACACGCAUGAACAUGGCGGAGCAUAAACGAUUUACUCAAUGUAAAACCAUUAUAUCACAUACUUUACUAUUGAUUUACGUAACCAUCUGUUGGCAUCGACUUUGCUCAGUUUUAAACGUUGUGUACUGGUAAACCAGCCCUAGAUAAGGGCAAGUGUAGCCUUCCAUGCAGUGGCAAUACAAUGUGCUUCUCAUAAAUAAAAGCAAAAGGAUAGUAGGUGAUAGGCUACAAGGAAAUAAAGGCCUUCAAACUUGAAACUGAUAUUACCAAGUUCUGUUUAGUUUUACUUAGUUACUUUUUUUUAUCUGAUAAAAAAAAACCCUGCUGUGAAGAACUUUUAUGGCGCAUUUCCACUGCAGGGUGCGGAACGGAUCGGAUCGCAAAAGUGCGGGUCGGAUCGCGUUUCCACCGCCAAAAGUGGGCGUGACCCGGACUUUGCCGUACCCGUUCCGACCCCAUUCUAGGGACUCCUCCGUUGCGGUACCCAAAACGAGACCAGACGCCUGAAAGGGUACCCUGGAAUUCUAGCUACACCCCCCCUCCGUUGAUUGGUCGACAGAAUCGUCACUUCCGGGUGACGCGGGGAUAAAAACAAACAAACAGUAGCCUCAAGGUAUUAUUCUUUACAAUUAACAUGUCGCGUAAAAAGCUUGCUUGGGCGAACAAGGAGGUGGAGACGUUCGUCUGCAUUCUUGCGGAGGAAGACGUUGUUUACGAUGUUUACGUAGCUGCCGCGGCGAUUGACAUCCGGCCUACCACCAAGGGUACUGUCGGCAGUGGAAACGCGACCUCGGAACUGAGCUGGGCUAUACUGCCCCCUCCCUACCGCCCCUUUGCGAUCCGAUCCGUUCCGCACCCUGCAGUGGAAACGCGGCAUUAGAUUCCCAAGGCAGUGCAAAUGAACGGUCGCUGUCGGGAACACGCAUAAGCGUGAGCGUCAUUACUGACGAGCCGUCUCGUUAGACCAUGAACGCGCCUAUAGGCCUACCAUUACAUAAACCUUGUCGGAAAUACAAUUUCAAAUUUGAAGACUUCGCUUUCAUUUUCUUUGGCAACAUUUUUGGGUGUUGAGCGGUCAUUUCUCCAAUUGAUGCUAACGUUUUUGCCAACCAGUUUAUUUUAUUAUAAUUUAUUUUUAUAAUGCUGCAAAGGAAAGGGCUUUCAUCAGUGUGCCAUUGGCUCAAUCUUUAUUCUGUUACCUCCUUGGCAAAAGAUGGAGACAGAUACAUUAACUAACAUGACAAUCGAGAUAUGCAAAUUAUUUUGCUCCUCUGCUUAGCAAUGAGUCAGUUGAGGGGUUCAUCUGUUAAGGAUGGCCACUGGGCGCCUUCCCAGGGGGAGGUUCCAGCCACGUCCAGUGGGGAGGAGGCCUCAAGGGAAGACCCAGGACUAGGUGGAGAGAUUAUAUCUCAACACUGGCCUGGGAACGCCUCGGAUCCCCCCCGUCAUAGUUGGUCAAUGUGGCCCCGGGGAAGGGAGGUCUGCGGCCCCCUGCUGGAGCUGCUGCCCCCGCGACCCGACCCCGGAUAAGCGGUUUGAAGAUGAGGAUGAGGUAGAUCAGUUAUAUUCACUUGAGAUAGCUUUCUUCAAUGUCAAUAAAGCUACUUAAUGAUCUGAAUAAAGAUAGGAGGUUGGAGGAUCAAUAGGCUGGGUAAAAAUAUCGAUUCAUCAAUGCACUGCAAUUUAUUUGUUCUCGAUCCAAUUUCGAUCCAGACAUUUUUUUAAUUGAUUAUUUAAAAAAAAAAAAGAACAAAGAAGCAUACUCAGUCAUUGUAAUCUAGAAGCGAGUUUGCCUAAAUGUACAUGCCCUUUUACAUUUGUCCAUGUUAUGAUUAGCUAUUACUUUUAUGCUGCAAGUUUGGCUCAGGAACAAUAAUAUACAAUGAAUGGUGUAUUCCCUUUUUCCUAUUUAAAGCACAAUGAAGUGAUUAAUUCAUUAUGAAAUGGUUAAUUCUAAAUAAUAUUUAGGUAUUUUUGGCGUCUGCACCUAUUAUUGAAUCGAUAUCGAAGCAAUUGGAUCAAUAUCGAAUCGAAACGAUAUCAAAUCGAAUGAAGACCUAAAGAAUCCAAUUGAAUUGAAUCGUGAGGUACCUGUCAAUAACCAGCCCUAAGCAAUAUUGAGGUGCAUCCUUUCUCAGCGCAGUUUUUCUAAACUGAAACUCAUUCAAACAUAUCUACCGUCACCAAUGGGGCAGGAACGCUUAAGUGGCACAUGGGUGUAUUAUUACUUACUUACCGGAUUCAAUAUUAUCCAUCUUGCUGGUCCCAGUGCUUAAGGACAAAGCUGGGAGUGUAAGUUGGAUGGAUAAUUAUAGGCCCAUAGCGCUAGCCAGCAUAUUAUCAAAAGCGAUGGAAAGAAUUCUACUUGAUAGAGUAACUGGGUAUCUUUCUUUCUGUGACAAUCAGUUUGGUUUUAAACCAAACCAUGGGGCAGACAUGUGUAUACAUGCACUCAAGGAAAAUGUGAACCUGUACAGGGCCAAAUUCAAAAUUCAUCUGUCCUUAUGUGCUUUAUUGAUGCCUCCAAUGCAUUUGAUAGAGUUAACCACAGGAAACAAUUCAUGAAGCUAACACGAAGGGGCGUGCCUGGGUAUAUUGUGAGGGUUCUGAUAUACUGGUAUGCUCACCAGAAGAUGCAGAUUAAAUGGGGAGGGAGUAUAUCAGCCUCCUUUGGAGUUGACAAUGGCGUUAGGCAGGGUGGAACCUUGUCUCCUAUUUUAUUCAACUUGUAUGUCAAUGAAUUGUCCAUGCAAUUCAGAGCCUGUAAAACAGGGUGCUUAACUGGAGAAAUGUUGAUGAACCACCUUAUGUAUGCAGAUGAUUUGGUCAUUAUUAGCCUAAGUAGUGCUGGACUACAGCAACUCCUUAAUAUCUGCACUGAGUAUGGAUUAAACAU